GCACAGGCAUUAAAGAAGUUCAUCCCCCUGUUUGACAAAGUACUAGUGGAAAGAUUUCUACCAGAGCUUACGACAAAAGGGGGAAUAAUGCUUCCAGAAAGUGCAGCAGGAAGAGCGGCUGAGGCAACGGUGAUUGCUGUUGGACCAGGUGCCAGAAAGGAGAAUGGUAAUGUUGUUCCUCCUAGUGUCAAGGUUGGUGACAGAGUCUUGCUUCCACAGUAUGGAGGAACAAAGGUGUCCUUUGAAGAAAAGGAAUAUUACUUAUUCAAGGAUGGUGACCUUCUCGGAAAGUUUGAAAGUUGA